AUGGCGGCUGGGGAUUCUGGUGUGUCGACCGGCUGCGGCCGGUUAAUCGAGGGGAGAACCGGCUUUAUCCGGUCGCCAAGCUUCAGGGAACAGGAGUUCUCUAAUCAUGGCUGGGGAGAAGAUGCUGGAUUGUCUCACAUGCCACACCAAACAGGGAGAUACUGCCGAAAUUGGAAAAUGGGCGAUCCCACGGCACCAUCGCUUCGGGUCCGCAGGAGUUCGCCCAUGCUCCUGCUGAUGCUCGGAGGCGGGAGAACUUUUGCGCAUUGA